AUGACGUCACGCAGUGUAAAACUUUCGCCACGCAGCGCGCCGUAGCGCACGCUCCCAACGUCGCCACGUGGAUCUCCUCUCUCCCCUCGCUCCCCUCUCUCCCCUCUCUCCCUCAGCGCGCUUCUCGGACCCCCGUACAUCUCCUCGGCACCCUUGUCUACCCCCUCGUAGGCCCCGUUCCCUCCGAACCCCGAGUGCGGCCUAGUACUCCGUCCCGCGCCGACGCGGAGCCUGCGGUCUUUCCUAGCGGCCUCCGCCCGGUGGAAGUGGCGGCUGACCUGGCCGCCCCCGAGCCUGGCGGACCGGUCUCGUUUAUCUCUCGUGUCUCGUUGUCAUUGUGUCUUUCUCGGGGAGCUUCGGCGCGAUGGUGUCGCGCAAGGUGAAGGUGUGCACGGCCCUCGGCCUCUCCUACGCGCUGCUACUGGCGGCGUUUCUCUGGCUGGACGUGACGGCUCGGCCCGCGGGCCUCGGCGCGGCCACGCACGGGGCCGAGGACCUCAAGGAGGUCGCGGCGGCCGCGGUGGACAAGGGCCCGGUCGACGGCGGCGGCGUCGACCAGGGUGGACACCCGCAGAAGCAAGAGCAGCAGCAGCAGCAGGACGGUCAGCAGGAGGAUAAACAACAACAGCAGCAGCAGCAUCAGCAGCAGCAUCAGCAGCAGGAGGAGAAGGGAGGAGAGGCCCCGCGUCCUGCCAAGAAGGAGGAGGCCCACUCGCGGCGUGCCGAGGAGAAUGAGAUCCUCCCACCGGACCACCUCAACGGAGUGAAGAUGGAACGCGACGGGCACCUCAACAAGGACUUCCACCAGGAGGUGUUCCUGGGCAAGGAGAAGGAGGAGUUCGAGGAGGACUCGGAGCCGCGCAGGAACCGACAGAAACUCAUCGAAAUCUUCGCCAAGGUGGACAAGGACCGGGACAAGCGCAUCUCUGCGGUCGAGCUGCAGGAGUGGAUUGUGGAGAAGACGCGCGAGCACCUGCAGCAGGCGCUGGACGAGAACAAGCCACACUUUCGCACGCUCGACCCGGACGGGGACGGGCUGGUGACGUGGGACGAGUACCGCCUGCGCUACCUCGUCAGCAAGGGCUUCGACGAGAAGGACAUCGCUGAGCGCAUCCGCGACAAGCAGGAGCUCAAGAUCGACGAGGAGACUGAGGAGCUGAUGGACAACCUGAAGGAGCGGUGGAACCAGGCAGACGACGCGCCCCAGGACCAGAAGUUGAACGAGAAGGAGUUCCUCUCGUUCCAGCACCCGGAGCACAGCCGCAGCAUGCUGAGCUACAUGGUGCAGGAGAUCAUCCACGACCUGGACCAGGACAAGGACCAGCGGCUGUCGCUGUCGGAGUUUGCGUCGCUACCGCUGGGCACGGUGGAGAACCAGAAGGAGCAAGACAUCGACGACGACUGGGUGCGCGAGCGGCGCAAGGAGUUCAUCGAAGUCAUCGACUCCAACAAGGACGGCUUCAUCACACGCAGCGAGCUCGAGGAGUACAUGGACCCUACGAGCAGCCACAACGCGCUGAGCGAGGCGAAGCAGAUGAUCUCGGUGGCGGACGAGGACGAGGAUGCGCAGCUCAGCCUGGACGAGGUGCUGCGCUACAGCGAGUACUUCACGGGCAGCAAACUCGUCGACUACGCUCGCAACGUGCACGAGGAAUUCUAG